GAACUAUUCAACGCCGCACCGGGAAGAGUGUUGUUUACAAACAACUUUCUGACGUGGGGAGAAAAUACCUAAUAGUUUAUUAAAGCAUCUAAUUAUAUGUGAAAGUUGCGUUUCUGAACAGUAUGAAGGCUCUCACGCAGCAUCUGUAGUUUAAGUCACAUUAAUGGGCUUCGCUGAGGCGGAAGGGCUAAUGAGCUGUGACCUGAGUGACUUCGCUCCAGGAGUUAAAACCAAAAGAAGAAAUAAAAGCAGAACCCAAGCUGUGCCGCUACGUGCAGCGCGUGGACACGGUGAGAUAAAGGCGAGCAGGUGCGGCGUGGAAGUUCCACAGAGGUGUCGGCUGUGGGCGCUCAGCGGGACACAUGGCAGAGGAAGGCAACAAGCUGACACUUCGGCGCCUGGAGGGACCCAUCAACAAGUUCAUUAAAGUGGCUCUGCCCACGGACCUGGAGAGGCUGCAGAAACACCACAGCAACAUACUGAAGUACCAGCAGAGCCAGCAAUGGGACCGCCUCCAUCAGGAGCAUAUAAAUGCCAGCAGAACUGUUCAGCAACUGAGGGCGAACAUCAGAGAGAUGGAGAAGCUGUGCGGCCGGGUCCGCUCCGAAGACGCCGAAGCUCUGGAGGCGCUCGUCAAGCCGGUCAGGGACAGAGCGUCAGCCGCAGCGCAGGACUUCCUGCUUCUGCACUCCGACCCGCCUGCGACGCCGCCGGACGCACGGUCCUCCGUCAGCCGGUCCGGCAGCUGGCAUCAUGGCGAGGAGGCCGACGAGGAGCCACCGGCGGACGGGCAAAUUCAGCUCCGGCUUCCGGAAAUCCCGGCUGAUCAGAACGCAGCCGAGUCCUGGGAUAACCUGGAGGAGGACCUGAAGGAGCUGAGCGGCUUAGUGACGGAGUUCUCCCUGCUUGUCCAUUCCCAGCAGGAGAAGAUUGACAGCAUCGAGGACAACGUCAACACAGCCGCAGCCAACGUGGAGGAGGGGACCAGGAGCCUGGGGAAGGCGGUGGGCUACAAGCUGGCGGUGCUGCCAGUCGCCGGCGCGCUGCUGGGCGGCGUGUUGGGAGGCCCUCUCGGCCUGCUGGCCGGGUUCAAAGCCGCCGGGGUGGCUGCUGCUCUGGGAGGGGGCGCCCUCGGCUUCGCGGGCGGCAGCCUGGUCCGCAAACACCGGCGAGCUCAGGUGGACCAACAGAUGACACACCUGAAGGGCCCGUCAGCAGAAGAGCCGGAGAAGAGUAAGGACAAAUGACCCAGAAGCUCCUCCGUGUGAGGACCGACUGAUCUGACGAGACUCUGUGUGCACUUUGUUCAACACUUCAAAAACAGCCUUAAUUAUGAGAGACGGUUCGUCGUCAGGUCGGAUCUGAUGCUUUUGGCCUUUCAAUGAUUUCUACUUUUUUUCACUGUGGACUGAAAAUGCAAGAAGAAACGAAAAACAACUGCAAUUGCUUUAUAAAAACAUGAAACUUUGCUUCACACAGACAGCCUCAAAUAUAUACAUACGCCUUCACCUAAUCUAAGCAACUUUAUCUCAACCCUAAGAUUUCUGUGGGAUCAUUGAGCUUCUUGCAUGAUUCUGGCUGGAUAUUUAUAUUUGCUCAUUCAAAGUGGUUGCUUUCCUGGCACAGACCGGGCAGAGGCCUUUCCACAAGUUUUAUGUAUUCCAAAACACGUUUAGAUGUGUGCCUGGGAUCAUAAUCCUGUAAGGACCAACCAGUUGGAUCAUAAGACUCACUCAUUUAGCUGCUGACUUGCAGUUAAGGUUAAAAACAGAUGGUUCUGCCACUACCAUGCUUUCCCGUUGGUAAAAGC